CGUGACCGUCACGUUUUCCCAAGAGUGCCAUAUGGCACUCUGAAAAUGCAUUUGUAUUAACCAAUCCUAACGUGUGAUAUAAAUGAGAAAAAGCCCUUCUUUGUCUUUUAGCCAAUAGGAGAUAUCCUUAUGUUUCGUUUGACACAAAACACGAGGUAGGUUCCCAUAGAAAUAUUUUUCACAAUCGACCAUCGAAAGUGAGUAAGCGAAUUUCCGUAACCUUGCGUUAUUAUGGCGUCCGAUUCUGAAGGAGAUGAAUUUUUAGGCUUCGAAACUGAAGAAGUAGAAAGGGCAAGAGCUUUGCGAAGGCAAUUAAGCGAUGAAUCUGAUAUUUCAGUUUCUGAGAGCGAAAGCGAGAGCAGCAGUGAGAGCGAAAGCGAAGAGGAUAUCGACGAACGCUGGACGAUAGAUAACUCGCCUGUCCAUGUUGAAGAAUUUGUCGAACGCACUGGUCCGACUUCACGAGUUCCAGAAGAUGGAACAGCUUUGGAUUUCUUUCUCCUUCUUUGGCCAGAAGAUCUGUUCGAAAAAAUUGUGGAGGAAACCAACCGUCAUGCCGAACAGUGCAUUCAAACGAAACCAGACCCGAGGUGGCACCCAACAACAUGCGAAGAAAUGCGUGCAUUCUUCGCGUUGAAUGUUUUGUUUGGAAUAAAGUCCUUGCCGGAAACAAGAAUGUACUGGUCGAAAGACAACUUUAUUGGUGUUCCAACCAUUCAAAAAGUAAUGCCGAGGAAUCGCUUCGAGAAGAUUCGACAAUAUCUUUGUUUAAACAAUCGUUUAAACAUGUUACCGCGAGAUAACCCUGCCUAUGACAAGCUCUUCAAAGUGCGUCCUUUGUUGGAUAGACUAGCCAACACAUUCCACGAAGAAUAUCGCCCAUCAAAGUUUGUAUCAAUUGAUGAAGGAAUGGUCAAGUACAAAGGAAGACUUGGCUUCAAACAGUACAUGCCCAUGAAGCCCGUGAAACGAGGCAUUAAAGUAUGGGUGCGUGCUGAUGCAACGAAUGGUUUUGUGAGCGCCAUGCAAGUUUACACAGGCAAAAAAGAUGGUGGCCAGCCUGAACACGGUCUUGGACAUCGUGUUGUUUGCGACCUUGUCAACGAUCUGAAGGGGAAAAAUUAUCACAUCUUUUGUGAUAAUUUUUUCACUUCAGUUCGACUGGCUGAAGAUUUACUGUCCAACAAACUCUAUCUUUGUGGAACAACACGUGCCAAUAGAACUGACUUUCCCAAAGAUUUAAAAGCUAAGAAGCCCGAAGUGAAAGCGCUCCGUCGUGGCGAAUCUCUCUUUCGUCGGAAAGGGAACAUUGUUGCAUCCGUUUGGAAAGACAAAAAAGCCGUGGCUUUCAUAAGUACUCAAUGCAAUGCAAGGGGAAACGAAACUGUUCGCAGAAAGCAGAAGGAUGGAACUUACAUCGAAGUUCCUUCUCUCCCAGUAGUAAAACUCUACAACCAGUACAUGGGAGGAGUAGAUCAUAGCGAUCAGAUGCGGCAAUAUUACGAUACGUCAAGACGAGCAAAUAAAUGGUGGCGGUAUCUGUUGUGGUUUUGUCUAGAUGUAAGCAUUGUGAAUGCACAUAUUUUAAUGCAAAUUGCGGAUAACCAUCCGAACUUCACGCAACUUCAGUUUCGCAUCGAAAUGGUGAAGAUGCUGAUCGGCGACUUCUCAUCCCGUCAACAUGCCGUUCAAGAAGGAACUGUUCAGACUGGACAUUGGCCCGUAAAAAUGAGCAAGGGAAGGUGCAAGAGAUGCUUGAAAAGAAAAAAGACAACGUUCUGUCGAAUGGGAUGCGAUUCAUGUGGCGAGAGGUUCUGCUUGGACUGUUUCAAAAAUCAUAACACCGAAGCCUGACGUGGCGCGAAAUUCAAACGUCUCGAACAAUGAACGCUCUUUUGUCUCGGUUAAAAAAAACACUUUAGAAGACAUACCAGUAAUUUUGUUUGUGUUCUUUUGAAAUUUAUAAUUUUCGCUGUAAAUAUUUCCGUAAAAUAUUUUUGCUUUACCUACCUUAUAUCGAGAAAUUACCUUGUGAAACAACAUAUAUGCUUUCAUUCAUUAAAUCAAAAUGGUGUGAUGAACAGUUUUGCGUGUUGCAUGAUUUUGAGGUUUGUUUUGUCAGCUUAUUUUCUCAUAUUGGAGAUGUUACCUAUCUUAAAUGAAAACUUCAAUCUCUGUAGAAUAAACUUUCUCUGCAUUGGUGAGUCUAAAAUUGCCUGGUUCACUCACUAUUUUGCUAUAGUUGUAUGGCACCUCAAAUUUGCCUUUCAGUAGUCACCAUGA